AUGUUUUUAUAUAAAAUAUUUAAAAUUACUCUAGUUCUUAGUUUAAUUACUUUACCUAAUUAUGGAUUAUAUGUACAUAAACUAGGUGAACGUAAAUUAGACGAACAUGAAUUAGGUGAACGUAAAUUAAACGAACAUGAAUUAGACGGACGUAAAUUAGAAGAGCAUAAAUUAGAAAAAAGACAAGAUCCAGAACUCUCAAUUGGAGAAAACUUUAUGUAA